AUCACUUCUUUGCAGUAGGGUUGCUAUGCUGUCACUUGUAGAUUGCUAGAGUUCACCUGCCGUGCUGCUACCACUCACUGUCUGCUUGAGAAUAGGCUUCACCAUCAGCAUCACGAAAUCGAUGUAGAAAUGAAAAACGAUGUGGAAUGGGGUCUGGCGCUGUAGUGGUAUUUGAUAACUGCGACGGCUCCCAGCAACAGGUGUGUUCUGUCUAGACAUUCAGGAACAUACAGAAAGACAGCAAAACCCAAGUCUUCCCAAAUCAACUUUCCACCCUACACCUCCUCUAUACCCAUUCCCACCUCUUUCCCUCCAUCCCUCUUUCCUUCCCUCGCCCCACCUCUCCAUCAUCAUGUCCAGCGGAGCCCUGGGGCGUCUCAGUACCUUGACUCUGAGUGUGAAGCAGCUCAGCCGGCUGCCUCACCUCUCCGACAUCCUCCCCUCUUCACUCCCCUCCCUCCCCUCCCCCAGCCCCACCGUCCCGGUCUCCUGCGUCCCUACUCUGUUCCGGGAGCCUUACAUCCUCUCUGGCUACCGCCCGGUGGGGCAGGGCUGGGGGUGUUACGUCCUCAGCCUCUUCCAGAGACACAAUGAAUCCCUCAACGUCUGGACACACCUUCUGGCAGGUCCCCUGGUGCUACUACGCGUCUGGGCCUAUGGAUUGUCCCUGGACUCGGCGUCCCUGCCUCUCUGCCUGUACAUACUGUCUGCCCUCACCUACUUGUGUUGUAGCGUAGCAGCUCACCUGCUUCAGUCCCACUCUGAGCUGGCUCAUUAUACUCUGUUCUUCCUGGACUACGUGGGUGUGUCUGUGUAUCAGUAUGGCUGUUCCCUGGCUCACUAUUUCUACUGCUCUGAGCCAGCCUGGAGGGAGAGCCCCGUAGGGUUCUGGUUCCUCCCUGGCGCUGCCUUACUUGGCUGGCUGUCCUGUGCUAGCUGCUGCUUUGCCAAGUCACGCUACCGCCGGCCUUACCCGCUGAGGAGGAAGAUCUGCCAGCUGAUCCCCACCAGCAUGGCCUACUUUCUGGACAUCAGCCCUGUAGCCCACCGCCUGGCUACCGUACCCUGGGGUCAGGACCCAGCUCUACCGCUCCACGCCCUGCAGAUGGCCGCCUUCCUGCUUGCAGCCUUCUUCUUCUCCUGCCCUGUUCCUGAGAGGUUCUUCCCGGGGCAUUGUGACAUCAUGGGUCAGGGUCACCAGAUCUUCCACCUCUUCCUGUCUCUGUGUACGCUGUGUCAGCUGGAGGCCCUUUUCCUGGACUAUGGCAAUCGGAGGGAUACAGUGCUGCAGUUGUAUGGGGAGAGGCAGCUGUGGUUCGCCGGUGCAUCCUUCCUCGCCCUAGCACUAUGUAGCACCCUGACCGCGGUUGUCAUGAGGAGGCAUGUACAGAGACGACUGGAGAAAAGUGAAACUGUGAAGCAGUGAGGGAUGGCAGGGAGAGGAAGAACGAGAGACAUUUUCAGUGUUUUGAGAAUAAUCAUGUCCUGUAAAUGUAUAGAGAGACAGUAUUUAUCUAAGAUGAUGAGUGUCUUUGUAGCAGAUAAAAGUUUCUUGCCUUAAAAGAUCUUUUGAUUCCUGUCAAAUCUAACCAUUUCCUUCUUUGUUUACUUCCUGGCCACAGGGUAAAUAUUUAUUUAUUGCCUACUUCUGACCAGUUAUUGAUCAAUAAGCUUAGAUUCAGUUGCCUGGUCCCAGAUCUGUUUGUGCUGUAUAGCCAACGCCUAUGGACAUUGUCAUGAUAAAUGUACAAACAGAUCUGGGACCAGGCUAUUGAUUCAGUUUAUAUCUGAGGAACCCAUGAAGGGUGUUUUUGUGUUAAGCUUAAUGGAAUUUCACCCCAAAGUCUGUCUGAUAAAGAGUUAGUGACAUUUUUAAAGCUGUAUUUUUGGCGUUCUCUUUCAGCUGUUGGAGUGAAACUGGGCAGGCCAAGCCACGGGAUUGAGCAAACAAAGAAGUCAGUUUUAUUGAGCAGUGAACAGAACAGGCUGUGAUUUUGGCCAUAGUGACAGGCAGACUAUAGGCCAUUGCAGAGCAGGAUCUGGCAACUAGAGCGAGUGGGGUUGAGGAUCAGGAGGAGAGCUGUGGGUGACGAGGAGUGAUGCUUUUAUACAGGGCGAACCUGGGUCAUAGUGGAUACACUCAUUCGCAUUUUUACAAAACAAGCACAAAAAAAAGCAUUGAUGCAAGACACAUCUACACAAAGAAAUGUGUUGUGUGAUUGGACCUAGACGUUUGUAUGACGUCAUAUGAAAAAAGCCCAUCAACAUCCAUGUGUAACUCUGUGUUGUUGUCUGUUCACACUGCUAUGCUUUGUCUUGGCCAGGUCGCAGUUGUAAAUGAGAACUUGUUCUCAACUAGUCUACCUGGUUAAAUAAAGGUGUUCUCAACUA